AUGGCCGCUCAAUCAUCAAACAUCCUCUUUGACGACAUAUUCACAAUCAGUGAUAUCGACAAGGAAGGCAAAAAGUUCGACCGAGUUUCCCGUCUCUAUGCCCACUCGAAAAAUUACGACAUGGACCUGACCUUGGAUUACAAUGUCGAGCUGUUCCCGUUGAAGGAAGGACAGAGCUUUGCCCUGGCUUUGGCAUCUUCAUUAACCAAAGGAGGCGCCAAGGGGGACGACGAGGAAGACAAAGAACACGAUGUCUGGCGCCCAGAUAGCAAAAGACGAGGAUUGGACGACGACUACGAGUAUGUGAUGUACGGAAAGGUGUAUAAAUUCGACGGUGCUUCAUCUGAGAUUGUAACGGCCUACGCCUCUUUCGGAGGACUCCUUAUGUCACUGACAGGCUCCUUCCGACACAUGACGAGUAUUGUCCUCGGAGACCCUGUAUUUAUUCUUCUAAGGAGGUGA